AUGUGGGAGUUUAUAGACAAAAUCGUCGGCUUCUUUUGGGAUCCCGUGAAGAACUGCAUCUCCAGGGAGGUCGAAUUUAUCGUCUCUUGGGAGGACAACCUCGACGCUCUGGGAAAAGAGAUCAUCGAACUAAACCCCAUAAGUAAAGAUCUAACAAGCCAAGUUGAAGCUGUUGAAAGGCGGGGGAAGGAUGCCAAGAGCGUGGCAAAAUCGAGGUUAAAACUCGCUAAAGAUUAUGAAGAAAAAGCAAGUAAAAUGGAUAGGAAACGCAAGAAGAUGACCAAAUGUUUGUGCGGACUCCCUCUGAACAUUUUCGCGGCUUCCAAGAUCAGCAAGACAGCAGUGGCGAUGCUUCCAGAUGUUAAAAAGUUGACUACCCUGCCUGAAGGGAAUCUCGAAGACGUGACCCGGGCAGAGUCAGCGCCCAGGCGCUUCAUAAAGAAGCUCGUCGGGUUGACCAAGGGAGACGAGUCGGUCUCGCAGCAGUUGGAGCGCCAUGUGCAAGACGUGAACGUACCAGUCAUCGGGGUCUACGGCAUGCCGGCGGUCGGUAAAACAGACAUAAUGAGACAGUUAAACAACCAGCUUCAUGCGACGAAGCCGGAACAUUAUAUUUUUUGUGUGGACAUGCCUCAGGACUUGGAAUUAAAAGAUGUUCACUAUUGUCAGGCUGUUCAACAGGCUAUUGGAAAGCAGCUGGCCAUCAUUGGGGAAGAUCAGAAUGCGACACAAGAUGACCUAGCUGGACUUAUAACCAAGCAGCUAAACGAGUCAAGAUUUGUGCUCAUUCUUGAUGGUUUACAUAAGCCACUGAAUCUGAUCAAAGACGUGGGGAUCCCUCCUCUCAGCCGCCCAACCAACAACAAGAUCAUAGUGGUGGGCCAAAGCAGAGAGAUAUGCAACCAGAUGGAUGCAGAUGAGAAGGUUCAUGUGAAGUGCAUGGAGUGCAACGUGGCUUGGAAGCUGUUUGAGAGUAAGGUCGACAAGGAGCUGUUGAACUCCAACAGAGACAUCUACAACCACGCUAGGAAUCUGGUCACCAAGUGUGGCGGUUUGCCUCCGGUUGUCAGCAAACUCGGACAAACAAUGGAAAGCAAGAAGACGGUGGGCGAGUGGGCGAGCGCUGUCACCACCAUGGACACCGCGCCCUGGGAGCUCGUGGGCAUGGAGAUCUUUUCUCGACACUUGAAGGUUAGUUAUGACAAGUUGGCCAAUGAACAACUGAGGACAUGCCUCUUGUACUGCUCUUUAUACCCUGAAGGGUUCUCCAUCUACAAAGAGUGGAUCAUAGACUACUGCAUCGGAGAAGGUAUCAUUGACGGCGUCACUAUGGAAGAGAUCUACAACAAGGGCGACGUGAUGCUUGGUAAGCUGAAAUCAGCCCACUUGUUAGAGACCGGUGAAGACGAGAAUUAUGUCAAGAUGCACCCUAUGAUCCGCGGUCUGGCUUUGUGGAUAGCUAGUGACUUUGGAGAAAAGGCAAACAAGUGGUUGGUGCGUCCCCAGGCUGGGCUGGCCGUAAUUCCUCUGGUGGAGAGAUGGAGAGAUGUCGAGAGGAUUUCGCUGAUGAGGAACGACAUCAGUGAGAUCUCUGAGAUCCCAGAGUGCCCCAAUCUCAAGACUCUGAUGCUUCAGAGAAACCAGAAAUUGGAGAAAAUAUGUGAUGGUUUUUUCAGUUCCAUGACACAGCUCCGCGUCGUGGACCUGUCACAUAACUUGCUCAAGCAGCUUCCUGCAGGGAUCCAAAUGAUGGAGGAGUUGAGAUACCUUGAUUUAUGUGGCACCAACAUCAAGUCACUGCCUCGUGAACUGAAGGAACUCAAGAAGUUGAGGUUCUUGUUGCUGUCCUUCAUGCCAUACCUCCAAACAAUACCCGAUGAGGUGAUCUCAAGCCUGGUUGAACUCCAAGUGUUGUACAUUCAAGUUAGCUACGGAAAGUGGCGGGUUGGAUCUAUUGGCAGGGGAGUGGAUUUCAAUGAGCUCAAUGCACUGAAGCAGUUGACAGCGUUCGGAAUAACCAUACAAACAGUGCAUGCACUGCAAAGUCUUGUUCAGUCCCGGCGACUGGCUACAUGCACGCGCUAUCUACACAUCAAAGGCUGCCAAGGCCUGCCUACUAUUAACGUGCCUUCCUCUGUUCUUGGGAGCGACAUGAAAAAACUAGAAACGAUUCGACUGUCUGAUUCUGAUGAACUGGAGGAGGUGGUCAUCGGUGAGGGAACUAAUGAGAAACCUGUAUCAUCCCAUCUACCAAAUUUGGAGACUCUGGUUCUCUACCGCCUCAAAAAAGCAAAGAUGGUGUACAAUGGAGGUUGUGUGAGCCAUCUUCGCCAACUAUACAUCUGGUACUGUCAUGGAAUGGAACAUUUGGUGCAGCAUGAUGAGGUGAGGACCGACGAAGAGGAUGACGAUGCACAAGGUCCUGUGGCAGUGAUUGAUGCAUUCCCCAACCUGAAGGUGAUCCAACUCAUUGGUUUGUCAAUGUUGAAGACCCUGAGCACAGGGAUGACGAUGCUGUCAUUCCCUUCAUUGGAAACUCUGACUGUUAGCCUCUGUACAAACUUCAACAAGCUUGAAAUGAAGGCAGAGAAGCUGAAAGAGAUCCGUGGUGAGAAAUCAUGGUGGGAUAAGUUGGAAUGGGAGGAUGAUAGCAACAUGAAAUCUACUUUCCAGCCCCUCUUCAAGAAGUCCAACUGA